AUGGCAGAGGUACUUGCUAUCGCUUCCGGGAUAGCUGGACUCGUCAGCUUGACCAUUGAAGUAUUCGGCAUCAGCUAUGAGUACAUCAAUGGAGUUCGCGAUGCCUCUGCUUCUGCGCGCCGAUUUCUAAAGGAGUUGGAAGACUUGCAAAUAGUCCUUCUCCGCGUUGAGAAGUCUGCCAAAGAAAUCAACCAGGAAGAAGUAUUUGGGGAUGCCGGCUCGUGCCUUCUGUCGAUCAACAAAAGCAACGAAUACAUUGAUUUACUGCAGAAGCUUCGCGACAAAAUGAAGCAGCGGCAUACGGACUCUUCAUUCCGGAACAGGAUGAAGGCUCUAACAUGGCCUUUCUCAGAAAAGGAGACCCUUGCUCUAACUGAGUCCUUGCAUCGGCAUCUCGAGAUCUAUCGCACUGCGUUGGCCAUCGAUAGCGUGUCUGUUGUUAUCGAUCAUUUGCUCAACAACUACGCUUGUGAGGACACUAAAGUUGCGUACGUGUACUGUGAUUACAAGGAUCAAGCUGUACAGACAGCUUCCAAUCUCGUUGCCUGUCUGGCCAGGCAAGUUAUCGGACGCCCGACGGCGUUACCGCAACAAUUAGAGGAAUUGUACAGAAAACUCGAACAACAGAAGAGACGGCCAAGUCUGGAUGAGUUGAAGAAGCUUUUGGUAUCGCUUUGCAAUCUAUACGAACGGACCUACAUAAUUGUGGACGCUCUGGACGAGUGCGAAGCAAAUCGGGAGAGGAGACUAUUGCUGCCUGUGCUUGAAGUCCUGCCAAAUACAUCCACGAGGCUCUUCGUGACUAGUCGUCCGAACAAUGAGGAUAUCUCUCAAAGUUUCCGCAAAGCACCUCAGAUUACCAUAGCAGCGCCCGUUUUAGACUUACACCGAUACAUCAUGGAGAGGAUCGAAGAAAGACGAGAUUCUGUUACCAAGUUAACACCCGAGCUGAAGGAAAAGAUCACAUCCACCGUUUCCGGCGCGGCGUCUGGCAUGUUUCUCCUCGCCGCUCUACAGAUCGACCGAAUCCUUGCCAUCAGGACAGUCAAGGGAAUUAAGUUGGCUCUUACAUCGAUGCCGAGAGAGUUAUAUGAACUAUACCGACAGACCCUGGAAAGAAUCCAAAAGCAAGCUGGUGAUGAUGGAGUAUUGGGUAUGAGAAUCCUUAGCUGGAUAACACAUGCCAAGAGACCACUAUCAGUCGAUGAACUACGAUAUGGCCUGGCCGUCGAGUACAACGACGACGAUGAUGACGAGGGUGACCCUGAGGAUUUCGACGAGGACAACCUUCUCUCGCCAGGAAGCUUGGUCGAUGUGUGCGCGGGUCUUGUCGUGAUCGAUUCAACUAGUCAGAUUAUUCGUCUGGUGCAUUUCACUACCCAGGAAUACUUUGACAAGGAACGCCUGCAUCUAUUCAAAGGUGCCGAAGUUUCGGCGAGCUUCAAAGAUUGCGAAACAAGGAAGAGGUUCCCACUGGAGAUUGCUUCUUACUUGGGUCUCGAGGAGCUAGUGACCGUCCUCCUUGAUCAUAGUACUGGAUCCUGUCCAGGUAUGGAUACUUCGUUAGUCAUCGCGUCAAUCGAAGGUCAUUUGAAUGUCGUGAAGCUACUGCUGCAAUACGGAGCCCAAGUCGGUUCGACACUCGAACCUGGCGGAACGAAUACUGCUCUUGGGGCUGCCUGUAAGGGGGGGCAUCUAUCAGUGGUGAAAAUUUUGAUAGGCCACGGGGCGAAAAUCAAUAGUCCAGCUUGGGGAAUCCGCCCUCCAUUGCAUGCCGCAGCCAUUCGAGGCGACGCGAUCACAGUCGAUUUUCUGCUCAAGGAAGGUGCCGAUGUCAACGCCAGAGAUUGCCUUGGAAACACGGCUUGCCACAAAGCAGCGUCACGCUGUAGUGUGGAUAUAGACAUCGUCAAACGCUUGGUAGAUGCUCAUUGCGAUCUUGAAAUCGCAAAUACACACGGACAAACCGCUCUUCAUUGCGCAGUCGCUAUUAAUGACUCUAUCAUGGUCGAUUUUCUACUCAAGGAAGGUGCCGAUGUCAACGCCAGAGGUUACAAUGGACGAACGGCUUGCCACGAAGCGGCGUGGUCAUUCCUUCGUAGUGGUGUGGACAUCGUCAAAUGCUUGGUAGAUGCUCAUUGCGACCUUGAAAUCACAGAUGACGCCGGGAAAACCGCUCUUCAUUACGCAGCCGGUAGCCUUUAUCCUGAUAUGAUUAUGAUUGAGUUGCUCUUGGAUAGGGGUGCUGAUGCUUCCGCCAAGAAUAAAAAAGGUGAAACCGCUCGGAACGUCGUUGAGAAACGACUCACGAUCGGCGCGAGAGACGAUCUUGGUCCAGAAUAUCACAAAAAUGAUCAGCAACUACUACAAAGGAUGCUCCAACUGGAACAAAACGCCUCCGCUCCUGCUGCAAACGACCUUUGA